CGUUUGUUCCAACCCAAUAUGAUGCCCGAUGACUAACGUAGAAAGUGGGUUUUGCCGUUUUGGUGGUCGAGUGGUACCAAAUGUGCCGUGUACCAUGCAUGCUCCGAUCUAAAUCCAAAUUCUGGAGCAAAAUGUUGGAGGAAGAGUGGACGACUCAUCAGGGCACAAGACAGCAUAGCAGCUGAUCAAGCUAUCCGUGACGGACAUACCCUUGUUUCAGCCGAUGAAAUGUAUGAACUCGGGUUUUUUAGUCCCGGAAAGUCAAUGAACCGGUAUUUGGGCAUAUGGUACAAUAACAAAUCCCCACAGACAGUGGUAUGGGUUGCUAACAGGGAGACACCAAUAACCGACUUGUCUGGUGUGUUCAAAGUUGACACCAACGGAUCCCUAUUGGUUAUCGCUAGUAGCAACAACACCAUCAUCUGGUCAUCUAACCCUGGCCCUGUAUCUCCCACAACCAUAAAUCCAGUGGCACAACUUUUGAGCUCUGGAAAUCUGGUUGUAAGAACAACCGGCCAGGAAAAUUUCAUCUGGCAAAGUUUCGAUUACCCUGGAGACACGUUCCUUCCCGGGAUGAAAUUCGGAAAGGACCUGGUGUCUGGGUUAGAUAGGCGAUGGUCAUCAUGGAAGAGCCUCGACGACCCUUCACCUGGCCCGUAUAUACUGUUCAUGAAUAUAAACGGGUUCCCUCAGUUGUUCGAAGAACAGGAUUCUGUUCCUCUCUCAAGGUUUGGACCAUGGAACGGUGUUACCUUCGAUGGCAUGCCUAGGCAUAUUUCAAACGCGUUAUUCACACACAACUUCGUUUUCAAUGAUAAGGAGGUGUACUAUGUGUACACACUUGUUAACAGUUCAGUCGUGACGCGUGUCUACUUUAGUCCAGAUGGUGACGUGUUACGACUGAACUGGAUCGAAAGAACACAGAUGUGGUUCCUAUAUUGGAAGGGGAAUAGCGACAUGUGUAUCCGUUUCGGACAAUGUGGUUCAUAUGGAAGGUGCGACGCUAAGAAGUCACCUCUUUGUAGUUGUAUGGAAGGGUUCGAACCUCGAAACCCGGACGAAUGGAGUGCCUCCCAGUGGUCAAGUGGGUGUCGCCGUAGAACAACUUUAAGUUGUCCGGAUGGAGAUGGAUUUCGAGUGUUUAAAAACGUUAACAUGCCAGACACUCGGGGUGCAUGGUUCAAUAGAAGCAUGACACUUGGCGAAUGUGAGACGGCAUGCAAGCAGAAUUGCUCGUGUACAGCGUAUGCCAAUAUUGAUAUUCGAAUGAACGGAAGUGGAUGCUUGCUGUGGUUCGAGGAUCUAAUGGAUGUCCGAACAGUGGAUGAAAGCCGGGACCUUUAUGUAAGAAUAGCUGUCUCCGACUUGACAAUUCAAUCAAUCCCGGAAUUUACCUCCAGACCUGUUUCCAGCAAAAAGAGGCAAACAAUCACAUGGGUGGUGUCGAUUUUAUCUAGUCUUGUUAUUGUGAUAUUGAUUUUGGCAAUCAUGUAUGGUUGGAGAAAAAAGAAAAGAUCCCAAGUGAAAAUACCAGUGAAACCCAUUGAUGAAGAGUAUAUCAUGGAGAGCCAAGAUGAUGAUACAGAGUUAACGUCUUUUAGCCUGUCUGUGAUAUCAAAAUCCACUAAUGAUUUUGCAAAUGACAAAAAACUUGGACAAGGUGGUUUUGGUCCUGUUUACAAGGGUGUGCUCGAUGACAGAAGAGAAAUAGCUGUGAAAAGAUUAUCCAAAACUUCAAGACAAGGUCUUGGAGAGUUUAAAAAUGAAGUUGAAUUCAUUGCUAAGCUUCAACAUCGAAAUCUUGUAAAGCUUUUGGGAUACUGUAUUCAAGGAGAUGAAAACAUGUUAAUAUAUGAGUACAUGCCUAACAAAAGUCUAGACUCAUUCAUAUUUGAUAAAAUCAAAAGUCCGAUACUAGGUUGGUCAGAUCGUUUUAACAUCAUUCAUGGGAUUGCUCGAGGACUCCUCUAUCUUCAUCAAGAUUCACGAUUUAAAAUUGUUCAUCGAGAUCUUAAAACAAGCAAUGUUUUGCUGGAUGUUGACAUGAACCCAAAGAUAUCAGACUUUGGUCUUGCAAGAAUGUUUAGAGAACAUGAAAAUGAAGCAAAUACGAACAAUGUAGUUGGAACUUUGGGUUACUUAGCACCAGAAUAUGUUGUAGAUGGGACUUUCUCGGAAAAAUCUGAUGUCUUCAGUUUUGGUGUUCUUGUGUUGGAAAUUGUGAGCGGGAAAAAAAAUAAAGGAUUCUCUCAUGAGAAUGACAGUGAUAAUCUUCUUGCACAUGCGUGGAGACUUUUUGAAGAAGACAUGGCACUGGAGUUGCGUGAUCCGCAUAUCCGUGAGUCAUGUGUAGCCUCCGAAGUAUUUCGGUCAAUACAUAUAGGUCUUUUAUGUGUCCAACAUUUUGCAAAAGACAGACCAACUAUGUCAUCUGUCAUUUUGAUGUUUGAUAAAGAAGGUGCAUUGCCUCAACCUAAACAACCUGCAUUUUUUGCAAAAGGAAGUUUGCCACAACUUAGUCUAGCUUCCGUCAAUGACAUCACGAUGACAACAUUAGAACCUCGAUGAUAUGUGUUCAUGUCGAGGUGCAUUUGGUGAUCAUAAUGCUAAGUUUUCUUUUUCACAUAUAUCAUAGACUAUUAGACAAUUAAAGUACUCUUAUAUUAGAGGGUCAUGAGUAUAAAUAUAUCUCUUAUAUAUGUACUCUUAUUGUAAUCAUGGUUAUACAAUAAUACAACAUUACUGAUUACAAAGUCAA